GUUGCUCAGCGGGAAUUGCCGUUUGCCAUGAGGAGACGAGCCAUGAGCCACAAUGUGAAACGGUAUCCGAAGCGACUGAGAACUCCAGCAUUGAAAAACACUGUUUCGAUGGCGUUCUUUGGGUUCGCUGGCUCAUUUUUCAUGGCCGUAGCUCGGAAGUUGUUUCACUUCCUUAAGCUCUUCUCCGUUUCCUUCUCAAAUACCGAGCUUUGGGUGCAAACCGUGCGCUUUGCGACGUCUUUGGAGGAUUUGUCAUACAUGGUGUGCAUGGAAUUGAGGGGCCCAAGAGGCCGACUGGAGGCCCAACUAGAAAGCGUUUUUCUUAACCAAUCCGUGAAUGACUGUAAAGGGAAAGAAGUCGUCUACCACCUUUUUUCCGAGGAUGGACGCUUGAUCUCGCCUGUGAAUUUGUUGAAAAAUUGUCACGAAGACGACGACUCCUACUGGCUCUGGACUCACCCGACUUCUCACGAGCAAGUGCUGGAAAGACUCAAACGUGUCUUUAAUCUCGACGAGGACAAGGUUCCCUCAACCGAGCCCGAGACGGAUGAAGAAAGCCGAGGGAAACUUUCCAAGGACCGGGUCAAGUUGAAGAAGCUUGUGUCGCAACCCGUUUUCGCGAACCCGGAGACUGGGAUCGAGAUUCGAGUUCUCAAGGACAACCUGAACCGCUUUCGCUUUAUCGGCGGUGGAUGUUCGAGUGUGUUUCAGCGAGUUUUGCAGCCUGUCGCGAGUCUGGGUGAUUGUGAAUGGAUGCUUGAUGCCGGUGGACGAGAUGAUAAGCAACCGAACGGAGACGUUGUUCGAGCCCUCGAAGAGAAGACGGCUGUGUCACUCGUUGUUCGGGACCCACGUGUUCUUCUUCUUCCGCAAACCAAAAAGACGCCCGUUAUCGCGAAACCGGAAGAAUCACGGAUGUCGAAUGCUGAUGAUGAUGCCAAGCGAGAGAACUGGUGGCCGCUCUGGAGUCGAUCCGUUCGCCAUUUCGUGUCCUCGCACAAAAUGCCGGAUCACGAAAUCAACUCUGCGAGGAAAGCGCAUCACGAAUCCUACGCGAAACCCGAGGAUUUCUCCCUGGGCCCCGACGAAGCCCGGGUCCCAGUCCUGUUGAUCCCUCAGCAACAGCAACAGCAACCCAAACGAUCCUCGCGCAUUUCCGCCAAAGAAUCGGCAGCUCAUGAUGCCACGACGGCUGACCUCGUUUUGCCUGCGUGUUGGGGCAUGAGCUUUUGGAUCCCGUUCGUGUUCCGCUGCGUGAAGCCCGUGACUCUGAAGGAGCUCGAGUCGCACGCUUUCGAGUCGUCCACGCUCGUGUUCCCCAAGCACUUUCCCGACACGGAAGCCGGACGAGUUUCCGCGCAGGUCGAGCAGCAGAGGAAGAAGGACGUGCACUUUGCCCACCCGCCGGUGCACAGGCCCAACUACAUCAAACUCGGGGCCAGGUGGCCCUUUGGACCGGAUUACGCGGACGUUUUGCACCGGUGUGUUCCGGGCAUCAGUGCGGAGUCGGCCGAGGGCUUUUUCGUGCUCAGAGCAGAGGAGAAGCUUUGCUGGCUGAGGGACAUUUGUCAAAGUCAAACGAGGACCCCGUUUGAUUUUUGGCGAGAUGACGAGGAGAACCGGGGUGAUGAUGUUUUUCAAGUCAAGUUGGGGAAUGGGCAACUUUUGCAGUUUGCGAGAAAUUCUCUGGUUUGGGUGCAUCUCUUGUGCGAGUUUGGAGGGAAACCCGUGGAUUCUGCCAUGAUUUGCGCGCCCACCAAAGAAGACCUGGACCUUCAAGACUUUCGAAACUUGUGCCUCAAGGAACCCGCGCAUCCGGAUCCGCAUGAAUCGACUCGUCGCAGUCUGCGAGCCGAACACCGCCGUCUGUUGGAAUCCCAGCACCGGAAGAGAACCCGAGACCGGAAGGGGAACCCCGACGCCAAGAUUCCCUGUCCGAAACCCGAGGAUCACCUGGACUUUGCUGCUCUCAUGCGCGACAAGGAAGUGUUGCAAGUGACUGACGAGUGCGAGAAUGCGAGGCUCGUCAUCGGCUUGGUGGAGAAGGGCGACUCUUCCUUACUCCACGAGGAGCUCGUUUUGUUGUCAGAGUGGCUGGUGCCGACCCGUGCCGAAAAGUACGUCAACGAGUACUUGGCGACGGAGUUGUGGCGGAUUGCGCGGAAGCAGUGGCCCGGGGUGACCAUGGAGUUGAUUGGGUCCUCCAGCACCGGCCUGCGGUUGCCGGCCAGUGACAUAGAUGUCGUCAUGUUCGGCGGGUGGAGGAUCGAGCCCCUCAAGACGCUGGAGAUCAUGCUGAAUGACGCGGGGUUCGCGGAUCCUGCGCAUACCAUUGCUGUUGAAACUGCGAGGGUGCCGGUUUUGAAGGUGACGCACUUAAUGUCGAGGAGCAAAUUGGACAUUUCCUUCAACCAGAUAGAUGGCGUAUCCACAUCGGAAAUCCUGGCCAGAUUCAAGCGGAAGUUCCCCAAGUUUCCCCUGCUGUACAUGGUGUUGAAGAGACUCGUUUCUAGACGGGGCCUGAAUGAAGUCUACACUGGUGGGAUCUCGUCCUUCAGCAUGGCCCUGCUGGUGGUGUUCUUCUUGCAGCAACAAAGGACUGCUCAGGUGCCGGAAAGAAAAAACCUCGGGGUCUUGUUGCUGGAGAUGUUUGAGUACUUCGCGCACAAGUUUGACUUUCGCAAGUACGGGAUCGACGCUCUGACUGGAGAGUUGGUCAGGAAGCAGAUACCCAGUGGCGUGCUGUACAUCGUGAAUCCUAUCAAACCCAAUGAAAACAUCGCCUCUGCGACGAAUUCCUUUCCAAUUUUGUUGGGCUCUUUCAAGUGGAUUUUUGCGGAACUGCAUACUUCUGUGUUGCGUGGCAACAAUGGAGGAAUUCAGCAAGGGAUUCUGGGCAAGCUGUUGGGUUUCACGGAAGAGGAGCUCAAAGGAAGGGAAUUGCAUGAGAGGUUGUUUUGCAGACGAGUGUUCGGACCUGUGUAAUGACUAAUUUACCGCGUCUUUACGUUUUCGGAGAAUUAUUUGUUCAUUAUUCAUGAUUAAAUUUUUUUUCUUGAUGAAAGUCAAAUUUUUGACUAUGAAAUUGUUGUUUCUUUUCUUGGAAUUUUAAGGUAGGUGAGUAUUCAUUCCUUGAGAAGAAAUUAAAUUCCAUAGGUUUUUCGAUUGAGGAAUGAGCACAAAAUCGUAUGUUUCUCUUCUUUAUCCUGAUAAUGUGAAAAAUAACUGCUUUAGUCCCUUCUUGUUUAUUUGUGGACUGGGUAACUUCACGGUUGUGCAAAUCUUGAAGCAGACAUGGCUGACAAUUCGUAAGAAACUUUUCUUCCUUGAGCCCAAGUGGCCAAGAUUUUUCCGAUAACAGGUCCCAGUUUGAAUCCGGUGCCUGCGGAAGCAAUACUGUACUGUAAUAACCUG